AUGGUACCGGGGGCAGGGUGGGGAAGUCAGAGAGUAAAGGGCCAGUCCCACCAAGGUACAUGGUUGAUUGUAGCCUCUUCCAUUUCCUAUGUCACCUCCACUGACCUGCUGGUCUGGGUGCCCAGGAUACGCCACUGCAGACUGACCGGCCAGGUUAAUGACAUGGCAAGAGAUGCUGACAUCCCCUCCACUGUCCUCACACAUGUGGAGCAGAUUGCAGCAGUAACACCCAUCACUCCAGCUGUGCCUGGGCAAGGUGUGUCCGCUUCCAUGCAACUGGGAGUAAACCAGCUCAAUGACAGGAACCAGACUGGAGCAGGGGCUCGACCAGAGACCAGUGGAAUAGUCCCAGGGCUACCAGGUAAUCCUGGUAGACCAUUUGGCGUCUCUGGAUUGAGCUCACGACCAGCGUCCACUGCAGUACACCACAUAGCUCCAUAUGCCUACAUGGGUCCACUGAGAUUCCUGUGUGCCAGUGACGCCCAGGUGGACAUGCUCGUGGACAGCUUUAUGUUUUGGAUGGAUACAGUGGAGAUGGUGCGGGUGGCAGGACAUCCUCUGGUCUUCUAUUCGGGCUGGGUGUUCCCCAUCUAUAUCUUCUGCUACCUGUCGUGCCUGCGUGUGGUGGUCAUGCCUCAGAACCCCCUGCUUUCUUCACUAAGAGUAGCUCUGCAGGACCUGCCCUUUUUCUUUGUGUGUGUGGGCCUCAUUGCCAUUUUUGGCUUCGUCACACCCAUCCUCUACCUGAUGAAAAACCUGUUGGUCUGCCUGGCCUUUGUUUAUUUCAACUUGAUGACCAAGCUGAAAGUCUUCAACACAAAGAGGAUGCUCUUUUAAUACAUUAAGAAAAGCUACAACACUGAGACAUAGUUGGCCACAUCC